CCGCGGCGGGCACUGCGGCUCGUGUAUGUGCGCAACGACAGCCCGGCGGGCGGGCCCGAGGCUGGGGCGCAGCAGUGCCUGCUCCGGGCAUGCGAGGCCGAAGGCGCCCUGCUGGCCUCCGUGUCCUUCGGGGAGCUGGACUUCGGGGAGACGGCCGUCCUGGACGCUUUCUACGACGCAGAUGUUGCAGUGGUGGACAUGAGCGACGUGUCCCGACAGCCUUCCCUUUUCUACCAUCUCGGCGUCCGAGAAAGCUUCGACAUGGCAAACAACGUGAUCCUGUACCACGACACGGACACGGACACCGCACUCUCAUUGAAAGAUAUGGUAACACAGAAAAACUCAGCAUCCAGCGGGAAUUACUGCUUCAUCCCGUACAUCGUGACGCCACGGACCGAGUACUUUUGCUGUGGAAGCGAUGCCCAGAGGCGUGCGUCGGAGUACAUUCAGCCCAACUGGGACAACGUGCUGGGCCCGCUGUGUGUGCCCCUGGUGGACAAGUUCGUCAGCCUCCUCAAGGACAUCCACGUUACCUCCUGUGCCUUUUACAAAGAGACCCUGUUGAAUGACAUUCGGAAAGCCAGAGAGAAGUACCAGGGCGACGAACUGGCAAAGGAGUUGGCUCGGAUCAAACUCCGCCUGGAUAACACUGAGGUGCUGACGUCAGACAUCGUCAUUAAUUUACUGCUGUCCUAUCGCGAUAUCCAGGACUAUGAUGCGAUGGUGAAGCUGGUGGAGACACUGGAAACGCUGCCUACGUGCGACUUGGCCGACCAGCACAAUAUUAAAUUCCACUACGCGUUUGCCCUGAAUCGGAGAAACAGCGUGGGCGACCGCGAGAAGGCCCUGCACAUCCUGCUCCAGGUUCUGCAGAGCUGCGACCACCCGGCGCCUGACAUGUUCUGUCUCUGUGGGAGGAUCUACAAGGACAUCUUCUUGGAUUCCGACUGCAAAGAUAGUGCCAGCCGUGACAGCGCCAUUGAGUGGUAUCGUAAAGGAUUUGAGCUCCAGUCGUCUCUUUAUUCAGGAAUUAAUCUGGCAAUUCUGCUGAUUGUUGCUGGACAACAAUUUGAAACAUCUAUGGAACUGCGGAAAAUAGGUGUCCGCCUGAACAGUUUGUUGGGGAGAAAGGGGAGCUUGGAGAAAAUGAACAACUACUGGGACGUGGGCCAGUUCUUCAGCGUCAGCAUGCUGGCCAGCGAUGCCGGCAAGGCCGUGCAGGCUGCCGAGAAGCUGUUCAAGCUGAAGCCCCCCGUCUGGUACCUGCGAUCUUUAGUUCAGAACUUAGUAUUAAUUCAGCGCUUCAAGAAAUCCAGCAUUGUCCACUCUCCCAGGCAAGAACAGCUGAACUUCUGGUUAGAUCUCAUUUCCGAGGCAACAAACGAAGUUACUAGUGGACUCAGAUUUCCAGUACUGGUGAUAGAGCCGACCAAAGUCUACCAGCCAUCAUACAUUUCCAUAAACAACGAAGCUGAGGAGAGAACAGUUUGCUUGUGGCAUGUCUCACCCACAGAAAUGAAACAAAUCCAUGAAUGGAAUUUUACUGUGUCUUCCAUUAGAGCAAUAAGCAUCUCCAAGUUUGACGAGCGGUGUUGUUUUCUUUACGUCCAUGACAACUCUGAUGACUUUCAAAUCUACUUUUCCACCGAAGACCAGUGUAAGAGAUUUUGCUCUUUGGUCAAGGAGAUGAUUACCAACAUGGUGGGCAGUACAGUGGAGCUUGAAGGAGAGAACGAUGGAGACACCUUAGAGUAUGAGUACGACCACGAUGUGAACGGAGAUAGAACUAUUUUGGGGAAAGGCAGAUACGGGAUCGUGUAUGCUGGCAGAGAUUUGAGCAACCAAGUGCGAAUUGCCAUCAAAGAAAUCCCAGAGAAAGAUAGCAGGUUCUCUCAGCCUCUCCACGAGGAGAUCGCCCUGCACAAGUACCUCAAGCACCGCAACAUCGUCCAGUACUUGGGCUCGGUGUCGGAGGAUGGCUACAUUAAGAUAUUUAUGGAGCAGGUGCCUGGAGGAAGCCUUUCUGCUCUUUUGCGGUCCAAAUGGGGGCCCAUGAAGGAGCCCACUAUCAAGUUUUACACCAGGCAGAUCCUGGAAGGCCUUCAGUACCUCCAUGAAAACCAGAUUGUGCACAGAGACAUAAAGGGUGAUAAUGUUCUAGUCAACACCUACAAUGGAGUGGUAAAAAUAACCGACUUUGGGACCUCUAAACGUCUGGCAGGGGUGAAUCCAUGCACAGGGACGUUUGCUGGCACGCUGCAGUACAUGGCUCCAGAGAUUAUCGAUCAAGGGCCUCGUGGGUACGGUGCCCCAGCUGAUAUCUGGUCCCUGGGCUGCACCAUCAUUGAGAUGGCAACCAGCAAGCCUCCGUUCCAUGAGCUCGGCGAACCGCAGGCAGCCAUGUUCAAAGUAGGGAUGUUUAAAAUCCAUCCAGAGAUCCCCGAGGCCCUCUCAGCGGAAGCCAGAGCCUUCAUUCUGUCCUGUUUUGAGCCUGACCCCCACAAACGUGCCACGGCCAGCAGCCUGCUUGGAGAGACCUUCUUGCGGCAGGUGCACAGAGCCAAGAAGAGGCGCAUUGCCUUCAAGUCCUCAGAGGGGUCCCGGUGUGAUGCCCUGGCCUUGCCCACCGUGGGGGAGUUGGUGGGCAACGGUGGUGGCAGCAGUAGCGAGCAGAGCUCCAUCUCCCCUGACUCGGAUGUGGUGUCAGAAGCAUUCUUCGAGAGGGUCCCCACCCCCAUCUCUGAGGGGGCCUCCAAGCACCUCCCCAGGUCAGUCCCCUCCUCAGCACCUCUGACUGUGGGUGUGUUUACGUGCAGUGUUUCCGAUGAGAGUGCUGCCUUCUCCCCGGAGGACAAGGACCCUGGCCUGUUCGUCCUUUGCAAAGACAGCGAGCGCAGGGCCAUCCUGUAUAAAAUCCUGUGGGAGGAGCAGAAUCAGGUGGCUUCCAACCUGCAGGAGUGCAUGGCCCAGAGUUCAGAAGGGUUGCGGCUCUCAACUGACCACAUCAAGCAAGUGAUCGGGAUCCUGCGGGACUUCAUCCGCUGCCCAGAGCACAGGAUGAUGGAGUCCACCUUAUCGAAGCUCAAGGUGGACCUGGACUUUGACAUCUCGUCCAUCAGUCAGAUCCACCUGGUUCUGUUUGGCUUUCAGGAUGCUGUAAAUAAAGUUUUGCGGAAACACUUGAUUCGGCCCCACUGGAUGUUUGCCAUGGACACGAUCAUCCGUCGAGCGGUGCAGGCGGCGGUCAGCAUUCUGGUGCCUGAGCUCCAAGCACAGUUUGACCCGGCCUCUGACACAGAAGGGCUGAACAAAGACGAACAGAUGGAUGCAGACUCCCUGCCGGCAGAACCUCAUGGAAGGGCUGACCCCGCUCACUACAGAGGGAGCCCAGCCGAGCCUGCAGCCUCCCCGGACGCCCAGGCCCACACCCAGCAGCACCUGAGCAGCCAGUUGGCCACGCUCAGGCAGGAGACCACCAAGCUUUUGGAACACCUAAUUCAGAGAGAGAGAGAGCACCAAACCAUUCUACGGCAGACUCUGGAACAAAAGACGCAAGAGCUGUAUCACCUUCAGUUAUACAUCAAGUCUAAUAGGACCCCGGAAAACAAAGCCCCUCACUGUGGGCUUCCUGGGCAAAGAACAGAUCAAGAGCUCGUGGGCUGGCUGCAGCGGCAGGGGGCAGACACCGAGAGCAUCCACAAGAUUGCUGAAGAGGGUUAUACCCUUUCUGAUAUUCUUAAUGAUAUCACUAAGGAAGAUCUACGAUACCUCAAACUCCGCGGCGGUCUGCUCUGCAGGAUCUGGAAUGCCAUCUCGCAGCACAGAGCCCAGGAGCCCUGCAAAGCUGGAGCCAGCAUGCCAGCCUGGUAA